UAUCACGAGAGCUUGGUGAAAUUAUUUGCUCUCUUUUGCUGGAUAAGAACUAGCGUCUACACACUAAAAGACAGAAUGACUGAGAAGAGAUGCUAUUCCAGCAACGCUAUGAAAGUGAUUGUUGUGGGAGACUCGGGUGUUGGGAAGACAACUUUACUGUUAAACUACACCCAUGACAGAGUUGCUUUUGACAGUACUUUUAAAACAACCCUUGUGGUGGAUUUUAGCUCAAAGAUAGUAGAGGUCUCAGGGGUAAAGGUCAAGCUACAACUAUGGGAUACGCACGGCCAAGAACGCUUCCAAGCUAUGGGAACGCAUUAUUACAGAAGCGCUGUCGGUAUUGUUAUGGUUUUUGACCUGACCAGAAAGUCCAGCUUCGACAACAUUCAAAGUUGGUUGAACCAGGUUCACGAACAUGCUGGAGAAGAUGUUGACAUUGUACUGGUCGGCAACAAGGUUGACCUGGCCGAGAGCCGAGUCAUAGACCACGAGACGGCCUCGUCCCUGGCCCAGACCAUUGGGGCCAUGUAUGUCGAGUGUAGCGCUAAAACAGGGGACAACGUCGACCUGGUGUUCACAUCACUGGCCAGCAAGUUGGCCAAUCGCGUGCCUGUCCAACAGGAAGAGCUGGUACUGGUACGCUUAGAAUCAGAACCAUCUUACCAGGUUCCUUGUUAUGGGAAAGAUACAUGUUCGUCAAUCUAAGCCUCAAAGAUAGCGCAGAUAAAACAGAAGGCAUUAAAAUCGUAAUUUGAAGAAAAAUUAUACAAUUAUUCUUGAGUGACUGGAGUGUGCAUCUAUCUCUUUGGUUUUAUUGUUAUUAUUAUUAAUAUUAUUUUGCUAGUUCACGCUAAACGCAAAUGUAGCAUUCGGCUCCUGGUAAAGGGCAGUUUUUUUAUGAUUACAAAGUAGU